AUGUUCAACGUGGAGACCCUGGAGCGGGCGGAGCUGUGCGAGAGCCUUCUCACUUGGAUCCAGACAUUUAAUGUGGAUGCACCAUGCCAGACCGUGGAAGAUUUAACGAAUGGGGUUGUGAUGGCCCAGGUCCUUCAAAAGAUAGAUCCUGCGUAUUUUGAUGAAAAUUGGCUAAAUAGAAUCAAAACUGAAGUAGGAGAUAACUGGAGGCUGAAGAUAAGCAACUUAAAGAAAAUUUUGAAAGGAAUCCUGGAUUACAAUCAUGAGAUUCUAGGGCAGCAGAUCAAUGACUUUACCCUUCCCGAUGUGAACCUGAUCGCGGAGCACUCCGACGCCGCAGAGCUGGGAAGGAUGCUUCAGCUCAUUUUAGGCUGUGCUGUGAACUGCGAACAGAAGCAAGAGUACAUCCAAGCCAUCAUGGUGAUGGAGGAGUCUGUUCAGCAUGUUGUCAUGACGGCCAUCCAGGAGCUGAUGAGUAAAGAGUCUCCUGUGUCUGCUGGGAAUGAUGCCUAUGUUGACCUUGAUCGCCAGCUGAAGAAAACUUCAGAAGAACUAAAUGAAGCUUUGUCGGCCAAGGAGGAAAUUGCUCAAAGGUGCCAUGAGUUGGAUCUGCAGGUCGCAGCGCUGCAGGAGGAGAAAAGUAGUCUGUUGGCAGAGAACCAGGUAUUAAUGGAAAGACUUAAUCAAUCAGAUUCUAUAGAAGACCCUAACAGUCCAGCAGGAAGGAGGCAUCUGCAGCUCCAGACUCAGUUAGAGCAGCUCCAAGAAGAAACAUUCAGGCUUGAAGCAGCCAAAGAUGACUAUCGAAUACGCUGCGAAGAGCUGGAGAAGGAGAUCUCUGAACUUCGGCAGCAGAACGAUGAACUGACCACUCUGGCAGACGAUGCUCAGUCUCUGAAGGAUGAAAUAGAUGUUCUUAGACAUUCUUCUGAUAAAGUGUCUAAACUAGAAGGCCAAGUAGAAUCAUAUAAGAAGAAGCUAGAAGAUCUAGGUGAUUUGAGGCGGCAAGUUAAGCUCUUAGAAGAAAAGAACACUAUGUAUAUGCAGAACACAGUCAGUCUAGAGGAGGAGCUGAGGAAAGCCAACGCGGCUCGAAGUCAACUCGAGACGUACAAGCGACAGGUAGUAGAACUGCAAAAUAGAUUAUCUGAAGAAUCGAAGAAAGCCGAUAAAUUAGAUUUUGAAUAUAAGCGGCUAAAAGAAAAAGUUGACAGUCUUCAAAAAGAAAAGGAUAGGUUGAGAUCAGAAAGGGAUUCUCUGAAGGAAACCAUUGAAGAGCUUCGCUGUGUUCAGGCUCAGGAAGGACAGCUCACAACUCAAGGGUUGAUGCCUCUGGGAAGUCAGGAGUCUUCAGAUAGUCUUGCAGCAGAGAUCGUCACACCAGAAAUCAGGGAGAAGCUCAUUCGUCUACAGCAUGAAAAUAAGAUGUUGAAAAUCAACCAGGAGGGUUCUGACAACGAGAAGAUCGCCUUGCUGCAGAGCCUUCUGGAUGACGCCAACCUCCGCAAGAACGAGCUGGAGACGGAGAACAGGCUGGUGAAUCAAAGACUCCUGGAAGUACAGUCACAAGUGGAAGAACUACAAAAAUCUUUACAAGAUCAAGGCUCAAAGGCAGAAGAUUCAGUUCUUCUAAAAAAGAAGCUUGAAGAGCAUCUAGAGAAGCUGCAUGAAGCCAAUAAUGAGCUCCAGAAGAAGAGGGCCAUCAUUGAAGAUCUUGAACCAAGAUUUAACAACAGCUCCUUAAAAAUUGAAGAAUUACAAGAAGCUUUACGGAAGAAAGAAGAGGAAAUGAAGCAAAUGGAAGAACGAUAUAAAAAAUACCUAGAGAAAGCCAAAAGUGUUAUCCGUACUUUAGAUCCUAAACAAAAUCAAGGAGCUGCACCAGAAAUACAAGCUCUUAAAAAUCAGCUCCAGGAACGGGACCGGCAAUUCCAUUCAUUGGAGAAAGAAUAUGAGAAAACAAAGAGUCAAAGAGAGAUGGAAGAGAAAUACAUUGUCAGUGCCUGGUACAACAUGGGGAUGACUCUGCACAAAAAGGCGGCUGAAGACAGGCUUGCUAGCACAGGGUCGGGCCAGUCGUUCCUGGCGAGGCAAAGGCAGGCCACCAGCACGCGGCGGUCUUACCCGGGCCAUGUCCAGCCGGCCACCGCAAGGUAG